AUGGGUAAAGUGAGGAAACGAUGUCUACAAAAUUCGAACGGAGGAGCGGAUGUGAUUGAAAUCAGCAACGAGGAGGCAUUUACGAGGAAGACAAAAUUGCUUCAUUUCUUCAACCCCAAGUCAAUCCAAGUAAAGAAGGCGAAAGUGGAAGAGGAACAAGCAGAAAAUUGUCAACACGAAAGCAUUGCCAUGAAGACGACAAAGGCCUCUCCUAUGAAGGCCAUGACGUUUAAAUUUGCUUCGCUUGAUGUUGAUUUUGCCCCCUACUCAAGUUAUGGCUCGUUAUCCUAUAACACAAUGUCUACCGAAGAGCCAACUUGGGAGAUUAAUUUCAGAAAGGAACCAAUAAUUCACACUUCCUCAUCAAGUAAAUGGAGCGAUUUAUCGUUUGACGAACAGCCGCUAAAUGAGCCAGAUCAAAAAAUUGAAGUCUUAAAAGCAAAGCGCAAAAAACAAAAACAGAGUCAAAGUCUGGAGCCUCUUCCAUGGAGCCAACAGUUGGACUUGUUAGAUUGCCCAUUGUGGCAGGAUGAUUCACACCUGGUUCAAGCAAGAAAAAUUCUAUUACAAUGGCGAAAAAGGCUUGAUAAGGAACAAAAUGAACCUGUUGUGGCAUCUAAGUCAAAAAAGAAACAAAAACGACUGAAACAGUCAAGCGAUGACGAAGAUUGUGAAUCGGAUGAAGAGUACAAUCCUGAUGGCGAGUAUAACUCGAUAGAAAAUCCAGUGCUUUUCUAUGGACCCUCAACAUCGAAGGAAUUGUCGAUAUAUCGUUUAGCUGAGCAGUGUCGUUUUAAAAUCCUCGAGCUUCAUACUGGAGAUAAACGAGAUGGUGACAGUUUAAGGAAACGCAUAGAAGCUGCGGCCACUUCACAUAGGGUAAACCUAACGGAGAAGUCGUUGAACAACUUCUUUGCACAGCGAACAAAUUCUGGAGCUGAUGAAAAAAAAACGAAAGGCGAUCGAGAACAUACACUUAUUCUUGUUUCGAAUAUCGAUAUUUCAUUCCAAGUCGACUACAAUUUCAUCACAUCAUUGACCGCUGUUUUGGAAAACGUACAUGUGCCUGUUUUUGUUACGUGCAAAGACGAGAUAAAAUCCGGCCCGUUAAUUGACUUGCCUAACUUAUUGCAAAUACAAAUUCCGACGGUUGAUGAUAGCCCGGAAAUCCUUGAGAAACUUGCGGCCAACUCAAACUUCAAGUUGUCACAGGCAGAUUUCAGCAAAUUGUCAACGUUUUUUAACAACGAUCUCCACAAAUCUGCAAAUUGGUUGCAAUUUUCAUGUGCGACUCAUGGGAAAGUUUCGCUGCCUAUCGAUUUAAGAAAUAAAUUCGAUGAUCCUUUUCGCACUCACCUAAAGGGCGUAGACCAGGAGCUUGUUCCCUCCUGGAUUCAUAAGGAUCAUCACGAGGAAAAAUUCGAGAAAAGAAGCCGUUACCCUCAAAUUUUUGAAACUCUCAAGCCUACAACCGGAGAAGAAACAAAAUGGAGAAUGAUUUCCAAAUUUGUUGAAUCGCUCGAUUAUAUGGAAGGGAGGAAAGACUUGUGCACCGAUGUCCUCCCGAUGUUACAAGUGAUGAAUGUGUCCUACAGAAGUCAAAUCACCGGUAGAAGGUCACUGCAUUACUUCUCACAAACUCAAGGCAAUUCAUCAGUUAUCGACCGUAACGGACAACUACUACCACUUCUUGCUCAAUUUCAUAACAAUACUUCGAACAUUUUGCCAUCUAAUUUUACUAAACAU